ACUAGCUCCUGUUCGCUCCUCCGCCCUCCGCUCUGUUCAAUGACGCUUUACAACAUCGCUUCAACCAAAUAAUAAGACACGAAUCAAUUACAGGUUUGUGGAGCCUGUUUGACUCAGAAAACUAUGGACCAGGUGUGACCUUGUUGUAGUUCACAUCAUCUCUUUUAUCAACCCUCUGGUCUCUGUGGAGAUGGCAUCAUGUGUUUCUGGCUGCUCUCCAGUGGUGAGGUUCUGUCAGAAGGUGAACAGGCUAAAGACGCUGGAGGAGGAUGUAAUGGCAACAUCACUGAAACGUUGUCUGUCCACAGUGGACCGCCUGCUUGGUGUAGGUGGAAUGGUGGGUUCAGGCCUGUAUGUUCUCACAGGAACUGUUGCUAAAGACACUGCAGGACCAGCUGUAGUGGUGUCUUUCCUCAUAGCAGGAGUAGCAUCACUCAUGGCAGCACUGUGCUAUGCUGAGUUUGGCGCCCGUGUACCAAAGACAGGCUCCGCCUACAUGUUUACAUAUGUUUCUGUCGAAAUCUGGGCAUUCCUGAUUGGCUGGAAUGUAAUUUUGGAGUAUAUGAUUGGUGGGGCAGCAGUAGCACGUGCAUGGAGUGGAUAUUUGGACUCUAUUUUCAAUCACCGCAUCCAGAACUUCACAGAGAGUCAUGUGAUGCGUUGGGACGUGCCCUUCAUUGCUCAUUACCCAGACCUCUUAGCAGCUGCCAUCCUCCUAGUAGCUUCCUUUUUCAUUUCAUUUGGUGUUCGCUCAUCUUGGCUCAACCACAUCUUCUCAGCUAUCAGUAUGGUAGUCAUUGUUUUUAUCUUGGUGUUUGGCUUUGUGCUGGCUGAACCAGCCAACUGGAGCGCUCAGGAGGGAGGCUUUGCCCCCUUUGGACUUUCAGGUAUCCUGGCAGGAACUGCAACAUGCUUCUAUGCCUUUGUUGGCUUUGAUGUGAUAGCGGCUUCCAGCGAGGAGGCCAGCAAUCCUCAGAGGGCUGUUCCUGCAGCAACUGCAAUCUCACUAGGCCUGGCAGCAACAGCAUAUGUCCUGGUGUCCACAGUUCUUACACUGAUGGUUCCAUGGCAUACGCUCGACCCAAACUCAGCACUCUCGGAUGCGUUCUUCAGACGAGGAUAUAGCUGGGCCGGGUUCAUCGUGGCUGUGGGAUCCAUCUGUGCCCCUGAUAAGCUGAUGAUGGCCCAGGGGUUGAGUGGUGUGUCAUUCAGCCGUUGCGAGACAACAACUUACUUGGGCUGCAAAGGUAUAAUAUACCAGAGGAUGCCUACUCUAAAGGACUGCUACAUAUGCAGGAAGAAAAUUGGAGUAGCAACCAAAACGUGUCUACACUGUAGUGCCAAGCAGCCAUAUAAGCAAAAGCUUGAGGGAAAAAAGAAACAGCUUUCCCAAGAAUGGAAAGACCGUCAGAAAAAAAACAGCAGUGUGAACAAAGUGUAUGAUGCAACAAAUCUACUGCUCCACAAAUGGGAACUUUUAGAAAGGUAUCCAGUCCUUUUCCUUGCCAGGAGAACCUCAAAUGGUUUUUCUGUUGAGUGCUUCUGUCCAUGGAAGAUGGACACAGAAGAUGUUCAGGAUGCAUUUGUCACGAUAAAGAGGUUGUAUGAAAGUCUUCUGAAUGUGGCUAUUGCAGAUAAAGCAGCAAGCAGCAUGGGAGAGACUCCAGCAACAAACGGCACACAGACAGAGACUCCAGCAUCAGACAACACAGCAGACCCAGCAUCAGAGUCAACACCUCCGCUCCCCUGUAAUGCUUCUAGCUGUGAUUCCAUCCAGAUGGAGGAAAUCAAACAUGUUUGA